CGAAAUGUCAUUGUCAAAUGUGUACUGAUUUUUAGUUCCCGUUACGUCCAAAGUUGCGCUGCUGUUCAAGUUUCCAUACAAAAUUUGACAUUGACAUUUCGGUUUGCAAACUAUUCGAAUUGGAUAUUGGUUCGUGCUAGGGGUACAGUACUUAACACUCUAGGAAAACGUUGGUGAACUCAGGUCGGGAGUACCGUGUACGGAUGACGUUCCGCGGUAGCUACAACCACGGCAGCCAGACAAUGUCGGAACUCCUCCAGCGAGCUAGUGAGGCGGGUGCAAGUGUCCGAGCCCACCUCGGCUCGCUGCUCAUACUGCGACUGCCUUCAAGCCCCACGCCUGCCGUAGCUGCGCUUAUUAAACACUUGGACGACAACGCCUCCAAGUACGGAAUCAUAUCGAUGAGCAUCAGUCUACCCGACACAGAGGAAGUUACUAAAAGGGCCAUAAUUGAAUCCAAAGCUGCUGCAUUGGAACUUUCUCCGGCGCAUGAGGUUUUAUGUUACCAAGCUUUAAAAAGGAUUGAUAGUGCGAGCCCGAUACAGCCCGCUGCACCACGACGAAGGCGCGGCGGCUCGCUCCCUGGCACGCGCGUACAUGGCGCUGCUGAGACACUACACGGGCGCACUCGAUGCCAGCAUACGGGUCACCGAUGAUCCCUUGUCCCUGGAUCUGGCGCUGUGGAUGAGAUACGCCGAAAAACCCCCUCUACUGAUCCAGUUUAUACUUAUAUUGACGAUAUCCCACAUAACACUUAUACCUUCGAUGGAGCAUGGGCUUGUAAGACAUUUGCAGUGCAAUGCGAGGAACUUUUCCCCGGCGCGCUACUGGCUGUCCAUGUUCUGCUGCGACCUGCUGCUGUACUGGUGCCAGGUGUGCAUCAUGACCAUCGCUCUAGUCAGCAUCGUACAUGUCAGCAUUCCUUUGGUUGACUUCUCUUAUAUGGAUCUCGCUAUAGUGCCAGUGAUGUUGUUAGUGUACGGAUUUGGAUGCAUACCGCAAGCCUAUCUGUUCAGCAUCGGCCCUCGAACUGCUCUAAACACGAUGACGUUUGUUAUCAUUAAUGUCGUAUUUGGAGAAACAACUGUAAUUGCCAAGAUAUUAUACGGAGAAGGACUGAAUUAUGCUUUGUAUUUCAUGAGGCUGUCGCCCCAAUUCAAUAUGGCAUACGCUUACGUGAAAAUCAAGCAAAUAUUCCUUUACAAUAGCGAGUGUGUACUAUUCAAAUCCAGAAAUCUGUGCAACUCAACGAAAUUCCACAAAUGUUGUGAGAACUGUGGCAUUUUGCAAGAAUGUUUCUCGAGAAAGGAGUAUUUUACAAUAAAACCAGGAGUUCUUGUGGAAAUGAUAGCUAUUAUCGGAACAGCCGUGGUAUUUACGGCACUCCUUCUACUAUGGGAGUACAGGCUGAUACAGAGGCUAUGGAGAUACUUGGUUGUGAGUUGGAUUGAAGUCGAAAAGCCAGUGGAUAUGGUGGAAUCGAUCGGUCUAAAACGAGAGAAGGCAGACGUUGAGGAUAAAAUGAAGGAAAUUAGGUUUAAAAGAAGAGAGAAAGUCGACACUUUCGGAGAAUAUCUUCUGGCAGAGAAUGUAUUGAGAGAAGAAAAAGGGUAUUAUCUGCUGAGGAACAUAAACUUAGGCGUCGGUAAGGGCGAAGUUCUAGCCGUAUCUGGACUGCAGCGCCACGGGAGAGUGAAGCUGUGUGAAAUUCUGGCGGGAUACAAGAUACCCACAUCGGGCCAUGUGUGGUGUAUGUCCAAAUGGAAGCUGAAGAUACAACCUUAUAUGUACACGCGUAACAUAUCAAUAAGCUGUGAUAGAAGUCCUUUGCCGCAUUGGAUGAAAGUAUACGACGCUCUCGCCCUGCUGGCUGUACUCAGGGGUGUCCCACGCAAGCACUUGGCCAACGAACUGAAGAACUACAUCGAAGCUCUAGAUUUAAAACAGCAAGUGGACAUGCGUAUAUACGAUCUUCCACCUAAUGACCGAAAGCGGUUACACUUCGCGGCGGGUGUUAUUGGCGCACCGCCCGUACUUAUAAUGGACGAGUGUACGGCCUACCAGAAGUACGCCGUACGCCGGUCCAUGUACUCAAUACUGUAUGUGUUGAAGAAGCGAGGGCACGCCAUCGUCGUGAGUGCUAGCAGUGUGGAGCCCCACUUGGCCAUAACGAGUCGGCUGGCAAUCCUAGUCGACGGACACAUCUACGACAUCGACCACGUGGACCGCCUGGUGCAGCGCUACAGCAGCGAUGGAUAUACCAUCGUACUGCACCUCAAGGACGAGAUCAACGUGUUGCACAUGUUCUCCAAGCACUUCCGGGAAGUCGUUAUCAACGACGUCUCCGAGGUAUUGGUUAACGUACAAGUGUUGGACAAAAAUCUGAAAUGGGGGCAAGUAUUCGAAAGAAUGGAGGCGCUAAAAGCUGACAACCCUCAAGUUUACUCCUACAUAGUGUCUGCUACACCGAUAGACUAUAUUUACAACUCGAUCAUAGCAAACGAACGAGGUUUGAAGCCAACUCCAGAUCUGAUAUCGUUGCUUUGCCUUAAGAGCGUGUUAGCUCAGAGAGUUUUGAAAGUACCAAGAAAGGAAGCGCUGGACAGGCUCAUUCCGUUUGAAACGAAAUACAGUAUAACUAGGCUGAAAGAACUGCCUUGGUCAGUUAUAUUCCAGAGAUAAGUCUUUUUUAAGGCACUGUCAAUGACCAGAAGUACAGUCAGCUCCAUAAAAAUCGAAGUGUGAAGACUGAUCAAAAUUAUCGAAGAUACAUACAUGGGUGUACAGAAUGCGUAGUUUUAGUCUUUGUCGUAGGUUUUUUAUACCCUGUAUGUAUUUGGAAAUUUUUGAUCUGAAGAAAUAUAAGACUGGUUGGUCGUGUACAACAAUUAGAUGACUUUAAAUGCAAAGAUAUAAUUGAACCUUUGCUCUUAACAUAUAUUUGAUCACCUUAUUACCUCAUAUUUUUAUGAAGCUGACUGUACAACUACAUAUAUACUCAUAAUAUGACUAGGGUCACUAUAAUGAAGCAAUGGAUGAUGUUUAUAAAAUAUAGUUUAGUGCAAGUGGCCUUUAAAAAUGUAAACCUUAUGGAAAUACACAUAUUAAUUAUUAACUUAAGAUGCUUCCAAGAAAGCAUACCUUAAACUAGUAAGAAAUAUUAUUACUUGAUUUUAAGAAAAGAAAAGAAUUAUUUUAAGUUAAAGGCGACUUUGUACAAGGAGCUUGUGCAAAUCAAGUGCAUUGCUUUUUCGUUUCCAAGUGUUAGUAAAUUAUAUGACACUUAAGCAUUUGCCAUUACCCAUUGUAACUGAAAAGCCAGCAUUCGCAAGCUAAUUGUGAAACCACAAUAAAAUAAAAAGUGAUUAAAUAAUAGUGAGUUUAAUUUUAUUUAAGCUUAUAGAUAGAAGCUUGAAUGACGUGACUAGAUAUGAAUAUCACAACGUAAAGCCCCAAACUUUAAUAUAAUAUAAUAGCUUCAAAAACGAAUAAAAAUAACUUUAAUAUAAUAUGAAAGUUAUCCUUUUGAAAAUAGGGAUGAUGACUAUUUUUUCCCCCCUCGUUUAUCAGGUAGAUUAUCAACAAAAAGGAUUGGACACGUAUUUUUUUUCUCAUAAUAUAAACAUUGCAGAGAUAUAUUGAUUUGAAAAGUCGCAUGACGUCACGUUUUGGUACAAUUUUCACUUAAAAGUGACGUCACGAGCCCCUGCUCCCAAAUUUUGACGCGCUAUAACUUUGUCAUUUUUUGGUUGAUUACCCAAAGAAAAAAUACGUGUCCAUUAUUUUUUGAUCAUCUAACUGACGGACUAAAUAGAAUUUCGUUUACUGUACCCCGUCAUCGCCCCUAUUAGCAUAUUUCAAUGCUAAUUUUCAAUUGUUAAAUUUUCAAAUGUUAUUAACUAAGUAAACGUUCGUGGCAUUGUAAUAAACAUAGCUACACCUGAUAUUUUUACCCCAUUUUAGUACACAGUACUAAAAUCAUAGCAUUGCAAUAGACACAGAACAGAGGUUAGAAGGGGAACUAUAGACCGUUGAACCGAUGUCGCUGGCUCGCCGCCACUACACUUCCACGUAAAAGAUACAGGUCGCGGCCAACGAUAUUAAAUACCCUAGAUACACCAACACUAACAAAAUCAUGACUAAAUUCUGUCCAAAAGGUACAUUGGACGAUUCACGGAGCUCCGUAAGAUGAUCGCGUAAUGUAAACUUUAUAAGACAUUAUUUACACAUUGAAAAUCACCUUUUAAGUACACGAUAUAAGGUCCUGAUUAAAACGCACGCGUCAAAGAGUUAUGGCAGUCCGAAAGGUAAGCUCGUAAAAUUUUACGACUAUUAUUGCUAUAUGCGAAAGAAUAUAGACCUUAUUUCUUUAAUACUACGCAUAAUUCUGAAUGCGCUAUUAACAAUAUAGCAGGUACGGACCGCGAGGAAAAGAAACGGCUAUAUUACCGACCAUGAAUUUGAAUAUCGCCAAUAUUUUCUAUCAAAUCAGUUUAUAGUGUGUAUUCAAACAAAAUUGGCUUCAAAUGCGUGAAAUUAACAAACAUUUACUAGAUACCUGGCGUAAAAACGACAUUUUAAUUACUAUAAGUAGGUAUUUAUUUCACAUUUUUUCACGGAGCUCAGCGGCAUGUUGACGUUUCAACGGUCGGCGCGUGACUGUGAACUAAGAAGUGCUUGAGUCGUGUUCAAGCACUUCUUGAUAGGGACACAUUUUGAGCGAACGUGUAUCUAGGGUAUUUAAUAUCGUUGGUCGCGGCACGUAACUCUAGCGCUGAACAAAACGCUGGGGGGAUAGCUACGCAUGUCGGGGAAUACAACUGGAGAGACAAUCGGCGCAAGGCGCGGCCGCUUCGCUUCCUCCCAAUUCAUCUUAAUUUUUACUUCUGCGCAAUAACGGCCAGCGCUAGUUUCGUGCCGCGACUUAUAAUAGCCAAUCAAACGACGCGACAUCAAACAAUCGAACCAAUCAGCGCUCACACCCGAGAGUAACCAGACGCAAUCAGAACAAAGUUUUGUUAAAGUUAUAAGCAUUUGCUCACACAUAACUGUGACGCACCUGCCCCGCUCACAAGGCUCUUCUAACCUCUUUCUGCUUUCUGUGGCAAUAGAUGAAUGUGGUCUAAAUAACAAGAAUUGCAUGAUGAUAAAUAAUAUUGGUAAUACAAGUUUUUUGUUAGCAAAAACCUUAUACAAAAAGGCCUAGCCCCAUUGGCUUUUAUUGGUUGAUAAUAUCAGAUAGUUUUUUGUGAUGUUUGUUUUUAGUAAAUUAUGUAUGAAAACAGACACACCGCUGCGAUAAUAAAUAAGCAAUUGAAUUAUAACGAAAUAUCACAGUAACGCAUCCAAUAUUAUCGACCGAUCAUAAUGAACCUAUGGUCAGGUGGCUGUAAUGGGCCAAAUCUGAAAACAGACAUAAACAAUAUGGAAACACCACAACUGAGAAAGUGCAAUUAGCACAGCACUAACCAUUACCAUAAUGUUAGUAAAGAGGUAUAUCUUUUUCACUUAGCAAAUUUAGUGAUGAAAAUAAAGCUACAAAUAUAAAUUGCUAGAACAAACUUAAAUUACUUCAUUCAAAGUUUCACCUUCUCUAACAUAACAAAAAAUUAACAGAUUUUGAUUGCAUUACUACAAAGUGAUAGCUUGGAAGUUGUGAAUAUGAAAUAAUUUUUUCAUCCAACUAUAUACACUUUGAAAAGUUUAAAUCUUAGUUAAUUUAGAUAUUGGUGCCAAUUCUGGCGUGAUUCUUUAAACUUAAAACUAAAUUUAACAUCAGUCUCUCCUUUUCAUUCUAUAUAGAGAAUGACAAGGAUAUACUGCUGCCAAAUUUAAGUUUAGGUUUAGAGAACCAUGCUAGAAUCGACACCAUUGUCCACUAUUCACCAAUUAGGUACAUAUAUUUAGUUUAAAAUGAUAUAUAUAUUUUGUGGAAAUCUAAGUAUUGGACUUUCACAUUCAAUUUAUACCUGUCACAUUACAAAAAGAUGAAGUGUGACAAAUCAUCAAAAUAGUUUUUUUCUAAUUAAGACUAUGUCAAGAUUGUGAGCUUUUAGUUUAUUAAUUUAUUAAAAGUUUAAUUACAAGAACACCAAAUAAACUAAAUAUGUAUAAACAUUAGUAGAAUACCUAUUGAUUCAACCACCAAUAUGAAAAUAUUUAGCAAAGAAAAGCAGGCCCGUUUAACACAAGCAACCAAACUCUUAGCAAGACAUUGUAUACACAAACCAAUUAAAUGUUAGUAUUAUCUAAUGAAGUGUAGUGUGAGAUCUGUGCAGCUCAGCAGUGGAGCCUCUGGCAUGUGCCAUCAUGUUUUCGAUUCUAUUUGUGGUUUCUCUGACCAUAGAGAAGUCGGACAAAUCAGGCAAAUCAAGCACAAUGUGAGCAGAUAGACGUUUGUAUACUGAAUUAGAAUCUUUUUUAUUUCUCCUCGCUUCCUCAUAUUUUAACUGCUGUUUUAAAAAUAUAGAUUGUUUUAGCAUCUCCUGAAUAUUCAUAAAGCUGUUUGCUGCUCCGUCCAUUGAUUUCACUGCACUGAAAAUGAG